AUAAGGGGCUUUCCCUCCCUGGCUCCCCAUGCACACUUCAUUCAGACAGACACCAGCUAUAACAGGUCUAUUCAGCCAUUGGUCAGGCAUCCGAGUGGGCCCCUCCUCCCAAGCACGUGAGCAACUGGUAACCAGCGACCAGUUAACAACCUCCUUCUGCCAUUGGUGGAGUCUGGGUACCCCAGAGCCUCUUGAUGUUAACAUGGCUGCCACCCCUAACAACGCUCUGAGGAUAGUGCUGGUAGGGAAGACCGGAAGUGGGAAAAGUGCGACUGCAAACACCAUCCUUGGGGAAAAAGUAUUCGAGUCUAAGAUUGCUGCCGAAGCUGUUACCAAAACUUGUCAGAAAGCGUCCCGGGAAUGGAAGGGGAGAGAGCUUCUUGUUGUUGACACCCCAGGGCUCUUCGACACCAAAAAGAGCCUGAACACCACCUGCAGGGAAAUCAGCCAAUGUGUCCUCGCCUCCUGUCCUGGGCCUCAUGCCAUCGUCUUGGUUCUGAGGUUGGGCCGCUACACACAGGAAGAGCAGCAAACCGUGGCGUUGAUCAAGGCUUUGUUUGGGGAAGCAGCCAUUGAUUAUAUGAUCAUCUUAUUCACCCGCAAGGAGGAGCUGGAGGACCAGAGCCUGAGCGACUUUUUGGACAACGCGGAUGUAAACCUACAAAGCCUCCUCCAGGAGUGUGGAGAGCGCUGCUGUGCCAUCAGUAACAGCAAACACACAAACCAGGCUGAGAAGGAAGCUCAGAUACAGGAGCUGGUAGAGCUGAUAGAGAACAUGGUGCAGAACAACCAAGGGGCUUACUUUUUUGAUGCCAUAUACAAGGACACAGUGGAAAGACUGAGGAGGCGGGAAGAAGUCUUGAAGAAAAUCUAUGGUGAUCAAUUAAAAGGAGAUAUCCAAAAAGUGGAAAUGGAGUAUGCUCAGGAGUACAAGAAUAGGAUACAGGAAAAAGAGAGAAAAAUUAAGUUAUUAAAGAUGGAAUAUGGAGAAAAACUAAGAUAUGUUAGGGAGGAGGCCCGAAACAGUAUCCUCAGAGAUAAACAUGAUGGACCUAUGAAUUUUCUUUCAAGAAUAAGUAAUUGGUUUAAGAAUUAACUAUUUUCUCUCAGUUUACUAUGGUUAGCAAAGCAUCUUUCCAGCUCACUCCCUACCCUCUCCAUGUUUGCCUCCCCACCAACAGACAUCAGCUAAUUUAAGAAAUUACAAAAUUGCCAAGUUUGAGUGCUAGCUCAUUACACAUGGUAAAGACUCAAAUUAAAGGAAUUUCAAGGCUGAAAUGCAUCCUGCAUUGAGCCUUACCACUGCCUGUGAAACACAUUACACAGGCCCCUUGUGAACAUUGUGUGACUGUCAGCAAAGCUUCCAGUCCCCCCAGCAGCAUUGUUCUCGGUUCAUGAGAGAUGAGAUAAUAAACGUUUGUUGUUUUUAGCCACUAAACUUUGUGGUAAUUUGUUACACAGCAGUAGAUAACUAGUACAAGAUGUAUGUUAAUACAUAUAUAUAAAAUAUUUCUUUAAAUACUGGCCACUUGCUGCUGGGGAAGGGAACUUUCAGUUUCUGGGAAUCAGGGGUGGAAGGAAACUUACUUUUCACUAUAAACUCUUUGAUCUAUUUCAGCAUAUUGUUUAUUCAACAAAUGAACAAAGAGAUAAAUAAUAACAUUUGUAAUAUUCUCCAACAAACAAUAAUUCCAAAGGGCCAUUUCAAAAACAAUUGUCUUAUUUGUCUUCACUUUCCUUUUCUAGGUGCUGGCUUAAAGUUCUUCUGCCUAUAAAUUCAGAUAGCUCUGUGCCAGAAUGUUCCAUUUCCCCCUGCAGAUCCACUGUCUUCCCUUUUAUGUCCUUUGGCCCUGCCAGGUACCACAUUCUGGGGUGCAAUGUUCUCUGACUCUCUCUCAGACACCACCAGUGAGAAGGCCAACAGAGGAUCUAUGGGAGCCAGAGAAUUAGAUGAGGACAUUUGUCUUCUGGAUGCCUCUCUGCUCAGUCCUAUCUGACCAGCUGUCACCUUCAACCAAAGGUCCAGCCACAGGCACUGGGGGCUCUCAGAUCUGACCAGUAGAAUACACCUGUAUAGGAGUCCUGUUGUACCUGUAGUGUGUCUAAAACAAAACUUUUGACUGUUUCCAGAUAUCACAGCUUGAUCCAAGAAUGAAUUUUAAUUUUCAAAAAUGCCCAAUCUGGUGAUUAGGGUAAAUGGUAAAGUUGUAAGGGAUAGUCAUAAAAUAGGAUCCUUAAGUCUAAAGUCAAUGCUUCUGGAAAGGUUUCAGUUGUGUUGUGAAAUGUGGAAAGAGGCUUAGAAUACGUGCCUUAGCUCAAAGGGGGGAGAAUUUGAAUGAUGGCAAUAAUUUAACAAAACAAAACAAAGCUUUGUUAAAAUAAAGUAAUUGUUGAGAAUGUUUGCCUAUUUUCCUGUAUGUUUCUUUUUUUUUUAUUUUGUUUUUUUAAUGUGGACCAUUUUUAAAGUCUUUAUUAAAUUCGUUACAGUA